AUGGAACCACCAAAACUUAGUUAUGACCAAGAAUGGGUUAUACAGAUAAGACGAGCCAUAGAAGAAGGCCUAGAAGAAAGCGAUGAAGAAGGCGUUCCCAUUAGCAUCUUCAGUGUUCCCAAAACACUAAUCUCUUUCAAACAAGAAGCAUACAUUCCACAGCUAAUAGCCCUUGGCCCAUACCAUCACCAGCGGCUUGAACUCUUCGAGAUGGAGCACUACAAGCUCACUUCUGCUAAGAGACUGCAAAAGAACCUCCAACCCAUCAAAUUCUGCCACUUGGUCAACCAUAUUGCGGAAAGUGAUAGCACUCUCCGCGCUUGCUACCACCGCUUCUUGGAGUUCGACCAGGAAACACUCGCAUGGAUAUUUGCCAUCGAUACUUCAUUCUUGUUGGAGUAUCUUCAAACCUACUCUGCCAAAACGGAAGGUUCGCUUAUGCGAAUCUCUUCUAAGAAGGCACAUCUGAUCGACCAUACAAGAAGGAAAACCGCACAGCACGCGAUCCUCAGGGAUAUUAUAAUGCUGGAAAACCAAAUCCCUCUCUUUUUGCUCAGAGAAGUCCACAGUUUUUAUCUGUUGCAUGAAGAUCAUGACCAAGCAUUAGCCACAAUGCUGAUGGGUUUCUGCAAAGAUCUAUCACCCAUCAAGUACAUUAAUUACCAACAUUUUAGAGAAGAAUGUUUCGAGAGAGCUCAUUUGCUAGACCUUCUCUACCACAUGGUUGCACCAAAGCUGCAACUUGUACCUGAUUGUGAGCAGGAGGAGCCGAAAGCGGACGAAGGGAUUGGUGUAACGACUCACCCCCAAUGA